AUGAGUGAAACCGCUAACAGAAUUGUCGGACAAGAAAAUGGUGUCGAUGUUUAUCAAAAUGCUAUGGAAAAUUAUGAGGAAAAUGAGCCUGAUCUUUCUCAAGAAGAAUGUUGGGCAGUAAUUUCGGCCUUUUUUGAGUAUCGUGGAAUUGUAAGGCAGCAAUUAGCCUCCUAUGAUCACUUUGUAGACUAUGAUGUGCAUGAUGUUGUAGAGGCAAAUCGAGAAGUUAUUUUGCAGCAUGUUGAAGACCAAAAUGAUAUGGAAUCUCAAAUUAGACGAAUCAGGAUAACCUUUUCAAAUCCUGCUGUCUCUGUAGCAACUCAUACUGAAGCUGAUGGAUCUGUCAACAGGAUAUGGCCACAUGAAGCACGUUUGAGAAAUCUAACUUAUUCUUGUCCGGUUUAUGUUGAUGUAACUUGUGGAACAGCUGUAGUCCCUUGUACUGAAGCAACAUCCAGCACAUUCCAUGAAUUAUGUGAUGCGAACGAGACUGUUAUCACGCAGACAGCUUUCAUUGGAAAAAUUCCUGUGAUGAUUCGAUCCAAACAUUGUAAUUUAUAUGAAAAAACAGACUAUGAAAUAACAAGUUUGCAGGAAUGCCCGUAUGAUCAGGGUGGUUAUUUUAUCAUCAAUGGUUCGGAAAAAGUAUUGAUUGCUCAAGAAAGAUUAGCAAGCAAUUGCCUUUUUGUUUUCAAGACUCCAGCACCUUCAACCCAUACACAUACAGCUGAAAUAAAAAGUACUAAUGAAAAAGGUGAUGUAAGAACGGUACAACUUCUAUUGAUGGAGAGAAUACCUUUCGUCAAGAAAGAAAUUCCGGUAAAAGUUCUUUUUUUCGCGCUUGGUGUUACAAAUGAACAGGACAUUAUGUCCCGUAUUUGCCUCGGUGUACGUAACCAUGAUUUAGAAGAAGCGGUGAAAACUUGUUUUGAAGAAGCAUUUGCGAUCCAAUCUCGAACU